AUGCCAGCAGAAGUUAUAGCAACAGAAAGAUACGCCGUCUACUCUACUGACGGGUCCAACGACGACAACAAAUCCAUCUGCUCUGAAAGGAACAGCUGUCUCUUCCGUGACCCCUACAACAGUGACCUCAUUGACCUGAAAAAUUUGAAUGGAAAAGUAACAUCGUGUUCACCUGCUUUGUCAACAACCACCAUUGACAGAUGGGGAUCAUAUUGGUCCAGACGAGAAAGAUGCUGCUGCUUCUGGAACUUUCUAUUGACAGUUUCGUUGAUUGUGACCGUCACAGUGGUAAUACUUGCAACCAAAGGAUUUGUCUUCUCGAGUGACGAGGAAACCGUGUCUGAUAAAACUAAUGAUAGAGGUCUACCCGGUUAUAUAGCACCGAUUAAUGUAAAGUGCACGAAAGAAACACCACCUGUUAAGACGUGUAAUGAUGACAUUUGUAUGAGGAGUAGGUUAGAUUUACUCAGUAGAAUAAAUACCAGCGUGGAUCCAUGUCAGGACUUUUACUCGUAUGCAUGUGGAGGUUAUAUGGACAAAGUCCGGUUAUCUUGGAAUUCGCCAAGGAAAAGAAUGAACCCGGAUAUUAUAUUAGAAACACACGAUAAAAUGCUUCUUGACAUUCUAUCAGAUGAGGCACAGAGAUCUGAUGCAGAUGAAGUUAAAAUCAUCAAGAAAAUAUACCGAUCAUGCGUUCAACUAAAGCAAGUGAUAGAUUCACUUGGUGGAUUUGAAUUCGGAUCAUUCAAAAGGACUAAACAGCUCAUCCUGACGUCAUUAUUACUAGAGGUCAACUUCAAAUACGGAAUAUCGCCACUGUUUGAAAUGAAUGUAAAGAAAGAUGGGAGAAUUUUGAUAUUAGCCGAUUCCUCAAGCCCAAGUGAACUUCUUUAUAGAGACAGGAGACCUGACUCGAUACUGUACUACCAGAAUAUAUUUGAGCCAUUGACAGAAUAA